GCCAGCCUACUUUGUGAAAGAAAACAUUGGGGUUUCUUUGGCUGUUCUUGAUAAGCCUAUAAAAAAUGACAUGUUUUAGUUGCUUCUAGUUGCUGAAGUAAAGGAACCCUGCAGCCUUCCCAUGCUAUCUGUUGACAUGGAAAACAAGGAAAAUGGCUCUGUCGGUGUAAAAAAUUCCAUGGAGAAUGGGAGGCCCCCCGAUCCUGCAGACUGGGCUGUGAUGGAUGUCGUCAAUUAUUUCCGAACAGCAGGAUUUGAGGAGCAAGCCAGUGCUUUUCAGGAACAGAACCCAGUGACAUCAGUUGAGUUAUGCUGUGAUGCAGUGGGUGGAAGCACUGGGGCUGUGCAGGAUAGAUCUGAGCUGGAAUCCAGUCCGCCACGUACUUCACAUGGGAACAUGGAACUUUCUGAUGACUUUGCAAACCAGUCAACAAUUCAGCACAAAGGCAUCCAGAGUCACGCUGGCAUGUUGUGACAGAAUCACACAGUUACAUGAGAUUUGUCCCAUUCUGAAAAUGCCCAAACAGCAAAGAGCAGAGAUAAAUGGAAUCAAACGUCAGAGUCAACACAGCCUGAGAGAGGCUUGAAAUUCAGACUCCACAAUCCAUGGGGAAAGUUUCCUGCUGUGCCAUGGAAUAAAGGUGACAGAAAAUGACAGCAAGUCUUCUAAGCACAACCCUUGCUUUGCUCCUCCUUCGCCUCCUUGGGGUCCUGGAGGCGACAACAAUAUCAUGCAGAAAUGAAGAAGGUGAAGCUGUGGAUUGGUUUAUCUUUUAUAAGUUACCUAAAAGGCAAGACAAGGAAAGUAGAGAGACUGGGUUAGAGUACCUAUACCUAGACUCUACAACCAGAAGCUGGAGGAGGAGUAAGCAACUAACGAAUACCACGAAGAGUGUUUUGGGGAGGACAUUACAACAGCUGUAUGAAGCAUAUGGCUCCAAGAAUAACAACACUGCUCAUCUAAUAUACAACGAUGGAGUCCCUAACUCUGUGAAUUAUAGCAGAAAGUAUGGACACACUAAAGGUUUAUUACUGUGGAACAGAGUCCAGGGGUUCUGGCUGAUUCAUUCUAUUCCCCGGUUUCCUCCAAUUCCUGAAGAAGGCUAUGAUUAUCCACCCACAGGAAGACGAAAUGGACAAAUUGGAAUCUGUGUAACUUUCAAAUACAACCAAUAUGAAGCAAUAGAUUCUCAGCUGUUGGUCUGCAACCCAAACGUUUAUAGCUGUUCCAUCCCUACCAUCUUUCACCAGGAGCUUGUUCACAUGCCCCAGCUGUGCGCCAGGUCUAGUGCAUCCGAGAUCCCUGGCCAGCACUUUGCCACACUGCAGUCAGCCCAGGGACAAAACUUCGUCCAUUUUGCAAAGUCUGAUUCUUUUCUUGACGACAUCUUUGCAGCCUGGAUGGCUCAAUGGUUGAAGACUCACUUGCUAACAGAAACCUGGCAGCGGAAGAGACAAGAGCUUCCUUCAAACUGCUCCCUUCCUUACCAUGUCUACAAUGUCAAAGCAAUUAAAAUUUCUAGACAAUCUUAUUUCAGUUCUCAUCUGGAUCACGCCAAAUGGUGCAUUUCCCAAAAGGGCACCAAAAAUCACUGGACAUGUAUUGGAGACUUAAAUCGGAGCCCAUAUCAAGCCUUCAGAAGUGGAGGAUUCAUUUGUACCCAGAAUCAGCUUAUUUACCAAGCAUUUCAAGGAUUAGUUUUGUAUUAUGAGAAGUGUAACUGAACUUGGUGAAAGAACAUGUACUAUUGUUUUGAACAUUGACAAUGUCUUCUUCCAUUAGAUCCAUUCUUUAUAUAUUAAA